UCCAUUAUUUAUUUUCUGUCAAAAGUGGGGCAGCGUGUGCCAAUGCGAAGUUCUUUGAACACCGUUGGUUCACAGUAGCCAGGCGCCCACUUGAUAUGAUAUUUUGGCGGUCAGCGAUGGAAAUUCAAGACACUGGCAGUGUCAUUUUAACAGCUUACCAUUCAUACGAACCGUCCAGGAUACAUUUGGUGGAUGAGGAGUGCUAUGCGACGCCACUGUCUCCAAGACACUCUGCUUGCAGGCAGUCGCAGUACCAGGGGAUCGGCCUAUUAGGCAGGAUGAGUUCCAGGGGGGCAAGGCCCUCUCUUCCACCCAGCCCACUGGAGCGGCCGGUGUCCCUGGACUCCCAGGACUCUAUGGACGACUACUGGAGCGAGGUGAAGAACAUGGAGGAGGACGGCCAGCUGGGACCCGAGGACCUCCUGGAGAGAGGCAGCAUGGACGAGGCUGAACUUGAGGAGGCGUGGCUGCAGGAGGCGGGCCUGUCCAAGCUGGUGUCUGGGGGUUUGCAUGAGGGGCCCACGGAGGCGCUGCUCUCCACGCUGACGCGCUCGCAGGCCGCCAUGGUGAUGAGGCGCGUGGACAACUACACCCAGACGUUGAGGAAGAGGAACAAGCAGCCCGCUGUACAUGUCCGGGACGUCUUCUCCACGCCGGACACAUCGCCAGUGAAUGCCACACCGUCCGACCCCCCAAAAUCUCCUAAUGGACACAUGCCUUCCAGAACCAUCCACAGGACAACCUCUAAGGUGCGACCCGCCUGUCCCAGUUUCGCCCCGGGGGAGAAGCGUGUGCCUGAAUGUCCUCCCUGUUCGCCACCUCAGGACACAUCUGACUCCCUGUCAUUUGACGUGCCUUACUCCGAGGGCAUCGCUGCCCAUCGGAGUGGCCGCCAGGGAGAUUGCCAGGACUGCCAACGCGUCCGCAAACAUGACUUAGACCUGCCAACAUUUCUAGCACCCAGGCCUAAGCUGGGUCUCACCAGAAUCCAGGACCUGAGUUGUGAGGACAUGAAAAAGAUUGGCUACAUCUCUCUGAUCGAACUAACUACCUUCUACGACGGCCUGGGCAUUGAGCUCAAACGCAACCGGGCAGCACGCAGCAGGGCCAGAGAAAAUGGUAUAUUUGGAGUCCCCCUGACCACUCUACUGGAGAAUGACCAGAAGAAAUUCCCAGGAUCCAAGGUUCCUAUUGUGUUCAGAAAGCUUUUAUGCAAACUGGAGCAGACAGGACUACAGACAGAGGGGAUACUCAGAAUACCAGGGUCUGCCUCCAGAGUCAAGCAUCUGCGUCAGGAGCUGGAGCAGAAGUUUUACGAGGACCGGUUUGACUGGGAGCAGGUGAGGCACAAUGAUGCAGCAGGUCUGCUGAAGAUGUUCAUCAGGGAGCUGCCUUAUCCUCUGCUCACGCUGCAGCACUUACCUGCCUUCGCCGCAGUACAGAAUAUCUCCUCUCCCAGACACCAGUUCCAGGCCCUCCAUCUCCUAAUCAUGUUGCUCCCUGAACCCAACAGAGACACACUCAAGGCCCUGUUGGACUUUUUAAGGAAGGUGGUUGAGUUUGAGGAGAAGAACAGGAUGAGUCUCUGGAACGUAUCCAUGAUUGUGGCGCCGAACCUCUUCACCUACCGGGGCAAGAAUGCCAAGCAGGAGGAGAUGCAGGCGGCCGCUGGCACGGCCCACCUUGUACGGCUACUGAUCACUCACCAAGACCUGCUCUGGACCGUGCCCUGUUUUCUCAUCUCCCAAGUGAGGAAGCUAAAUGAGGCUGGUGCCAGCAAGAAGCCGCCCAGUUCCGAGAAGACCAAAAGGAAGCUACUACUGAUGAGGAGGAGGACUGCAGAGCGGGAAAAGACGGAGAAGAGCGAGCUCACCGACCUCAGAGAGGGUGUUAUCAGGGUUCACGCCCCACAACACGCCAAGGUGUCCAUGGCGAUCCAGCUGGACAGUGAGACCAAGGCCAAAGAUGUGAUGGCCCGCUUCGACUAUGAGAACGGAAGCGCUGGCCAACGUUCAAGACAGUAUUUAUUUGAGGUGGGAGGAAACAUUGGCGAGCGCUGCUUGGACCCUGAGACUCACCUUCUAGACGUGUACCAUGUGAAUUCACACUGCGAAUGGGUUUUAAAACCCAGAACCACCUGAGACCUAACGACACUCAUUCUCAACACGUUCAGCAAGCAGAAUAAAGCGCUACCCCCUUCCGGUCGUCCUGGUGAUCUGACCGUGGAGGCCUAGUUUCAUUUCGGCUGAGUUGAGUUCGUCUCACACCCCGGACCAGCGAAAAGAGACGGCGCUUGGAAGAGGAACUACGGAGAGAUGAAAUGACCCAGCCCAGCCUUUUAACACAGUUAAAACCUUUUAACGCAGUAGUGAAAACUACAGAACUAAUGUACUCUGUGUGGAAUGUUUGAUGGGACUGCUUUGUGAAGACGCCCUACACACGUGACCAACGACAUCUCAUUGCUGGCCAUUGGAGGGUUUUUGUGUCAAACAAGUGCAUGCUAAUAGGUUCCCCUGCUACAGAGGCCACGGACAUGACAACAGUGAUGCUUGUGUUUACUGAGUAAUGGGAACCCAGUAUACAUAUGUCGUGCUGUGUGUAGUAUCCCACAUACUUCACAGCAAUGAGACUUUAGGGUUAUUUAUGAAAGGAGCAUGUUGAUCGCCAAACCGUUGUGGGUGAGAAGAUUCCGAAUGUUGGUUGGUGUUUUAAUACUGAAUACAGACACCGGGUCCUUGUCAAAUGUGCUAACAACUUUCUUUAACAACAUCCGGUCCUGAGAUCUGAUCCGGAUCUGAUCCGGUUCUGAUCUGAUUAGGCAAGUGAAAACCAUGUAGCAAUGGUCUCCUGUCACCUGUUAGUGGUGAUGACACGGGGAGUGAGAAGAGGAUGUAAGGACAAUAAUGAAAUACAGACCCUCAACAGAACUGUGACCGGGGAUUCAGAUCCCCCCACACACACACACACGCACACACACGCACACACAUUCAUACAUACCGGAAAACCACAAACACUGCAGUAGGACCUAACCACAUUCUGUAAGGGACUUUACAUUACUAACAAACUGAACUGACUUUGCAUGACUAGAGUGCUUACAAUACUUACUCAAAUGAGAAAAAAGCAUGGAGUUGCCAAAGGGUCUUCAUAGCAGUGUUUACCUAGCCUGGUUUCCAAAUGGAUUUCACUACGUUUCAUUUUCACUUUUAACAGUGCUAAGUGCAAUUAUCUGUAUGGUUUAACGGGGCUAGCCUCCUCACAGUGUUUGAACGUGUGAAUGAUGUUUGCUUGCAGGGCAUGUAUGUUUUAGCCCAACUGACCUCUUUCCAGUUUGUUACUUACUGUCUUUUUAUUUCAGUGUUUGCCUGUUGCCACGGUGGUCUGGGCUUAUUGUACCUAAAUGAACAAUGCAUUGACAGUACACAGAAAGGUUGAUCACAUAAUGUUGCUCUGGAUUUUAUUUUAUUUUUUAUUCUUCCAAAGCCAGUGUGUAAAAAACAAAUAAUACAAUUUUGUAAAGGACUACUGUACCAUAGACACAUACUGUUUGUAUUUUCUGUAUAUAGCAUUUUUAUUUUUUUUUAUUUGCAUUUAUUUUAUAUAUUAUGUGACCACUGCUGACAGUUUUGGAUAACAGGCACUAAUGUAUCACUGACUCAUUAACGACAGAAUAUAACUUCAAGUGCAAAAUGA